GUACAGGUGACCGCCGGACUAUUAUAACAGACUCGUUACGUAUAGGGGUUCGAAUAUCCAUUCCUCAGAUUGGAAGGUUUUCGUUUGUUUGUUUGUGUAUUUUUUUUAAUUCGGGCUUAUUUAUCAUUAGAAGAGGGAUAAAACACAUUUAUUAUAUUGUGACAAUGUCCACAACCCCCACGCGCGAUUCUUGGAAAGUUGAAGCUUCGUAUAUUGCAAAGAAUACCCACAACCCCAUCAGGUCAAUCGUUGAAAAUAUCGUCAUCGAACCAAAUCCCAAUAAGUUAAUGAUAGCGUUGUCCAUUGGUGACCCGACGACAUUCGGCAAUCUCAAACCAGCUCGUGAAAUUAUUGAAGCUGUUAAGGAAAGCGUUGAAUCUCAACUUUACAAUGGUUAUGCACCGAGCACUGGAUAUCAAUCGGCUCGCGAAGCGGUAGCUGACUACAGUUCGAACGAAUUUGUCCAAGUCGAUCCUAAGGACGUGAUUCUCUGCAGCGGGUGUUCCUGCGCCUUGGAUCUCUGCAUCACCGCUCUAGCUCGUCCGGGGCAAAAUAUCCUGAUCCCGAGACCCGGUUUCUCGAUAUAUCGUACCCUGGCCGAAGGACUCGGAAUCACAGUCAAAUCCUACAACCUCAGGCCCGAGUAUGGAUGGGAAAUCAAUCUCGACGACCUUGAAGCACAGAUAGACGAGAAUACCGCCGCCAUUAUCAUAAAUAAUCCAUCGAACCCUUGCGGUUCGGUUUUUAGUCGAGAUCAUCUCACCGAUAUCUUAGACAUCGCCGCUCGUUACUAUGUACCGAUUAUUGCCGACGAAAUUUACGAGCACAUGGUUUUUCCAGGACGAACUUUUUACUCGCUGGCCUCUUUGUCGAACGAUGUUCCAAUUCUCUCUUGCAGCGGUCUUACGAAGAGAUUUUUGGUCCCUGGCUGGAGGAUGGGAUGGAUAAUAAUUCACGACAAACAAAAUAUCCUCGACGAAGGGAUUCGCCAAGGACUCGUGUGUCUCAGUCAAAGGAUAAUCGGCAGCAACACGAUCGUUCAAGGGGCUUUACCGGCGAUAUUGCGAAACACACCUCAGAAAUUCUACGACGAUGUGAUAGACACUUUAUACGAACACUCGAGAUUGGCUUACAGCCACAUAUCAAAAGUACCGGGUCUCAAUCCCAUAAUGCCCGAUGGGGCCAUGUACAUGAUGGUGUACAUCGACCUGACUUGCUUCACGGAAUUCAAAUCGGACCUCGAAUUCGUCCAGUGCAUGUUGAUGGAAGAGUCCGUCUUCUGUCUACCGGGACAGUGCUUCGACUACCCCUCCUACAUCCGACUGGUGAUAACAGUACCUAAAGAAAUGUUAGUGGAGGCUUGUCUGAGGAUUCAAGACUUCUGCGAAAGACAUCAUUGCAAGACGUCCCAAACAAUAAACGAGUUAGACCGUAUUGGGAUAAAGUAUUAAAAGUAAUAAUCGAAGGGAUCCUGGAGACGUAAGAUUGUUUUUAUAGUGUAAAUAUAUCGAUGCUUUUGCCAAAUAAUAAUAAACCACGUUUUCAAUCCUCUCAAA